AUGGCGUCCGACUUGGCUGCUGCCAUUCGAGGUCUUCAUCUGGAUAAUCGUCUCAGCCCUGAUAUCGAUGAUAUCUUGUUCCAGCAACGACCUCGCAAACGCGUCAAGCAGGAUGCAUCCUACGUCAAGGCUCAUUUGGAGGCUGAUUUCCUGACGCCCUCUACUCAAUUCUCGUCCGAGUGGCUCAGUCGACUGCAACAGCGCUGGGACUGCCCCGUAGACUACACGGAGCUUUUCAGGAUUUCUGCUCCUCAAACUCGAACUGUGACACGGUUUGAGCGACAUGGCCUUGAAGGCAGAGUGACCGGCUACAAGAACGUCACCGUGCCGGCCAACAGUGCUACCGCCAAGAACUCCACCUCCUUUCUGCGCAAGCCUGCUAGUAGAGCUGACUUCGUCCGUGGAGCUGCCGGGUUCUUCCCUUUCGCACCUGGCGGCCUUGAUGGCAUCGAAGCGACAGCGGCACUCGAGGACCAGGUCCACCGGGCUGGCGGCGGAGAGUCUGUCGCUGCCUCGUCCAGCAAGCUCGAACGAGUCAUCAAGCUCGGUGACGAGGGCGGCCUUCUCGAGGUUGCACCUGGCCUCAGCCGCGGCAUAGAUGUGAACAAAAAGAAGACCGACGACGAUGAGGCUAGGGCCGUCGAGCAGGAGCUGGACCGGGAACCCGAGCAGGCGCCCGGUGCUGAAGAAGCAGAGGCGGAGGCGCAGACCAACGGAGAGAAGGAGACCGGGGCCGAAGCCGGUUCUGAAAACGAAGAGGACGGCGAGGACAUUGAUGCUAUCUUGCCGGUCGAGUUUCCGGCUCUCGAGCCACACGGAGCUUUGGCGGCAUCCAGUGCCAGGAAGGCUGGCCGGGAAUGGGCCCACAUGGUGGACAUCAACCGAGACAUCACAAACUUCAGAGAGUUGGUACCCGACAUGGCAAGAGACUGGCCCUUCGAACUCGACACGUUCCAAAAGGAGGCUAUUUACCAUCUCGAAAGUGGCGAUUCUGUAUUCGUUGCUGCGCAUACAUCAGCCGGCAAAACUGUCGUCGCCGAGUAUGCCAUUGCCCUUGCCUCCAAGCACAUGACCAAGGCCAUCUACACGUCACCCAUCAAGGCCUUGAGCAAUCAGAAGUUCCGAGACUUCCGCCAGACAUUCGACGAAGUUGGUAUUCUGACGGGCGACGUUCAGAUCAACCCGGAGGCUAGUUGCCUGAUCAUGACAACAGAGAUUCUGCGAAGCAUGCUGUACCGAGGAGCCGAUCUGAUCCGAGACGUAGAGUUUGUCAUCUUCGACGAGGUACACUACGUCAAUGAUUUUGAGCGCGGUGUCGUCUGGGAAGAGGUCAUCAUCAUGCUUCCAGAACAUGUUACCCUUAUCCUGUUGUCUGCGACUGUCCCCAACACUUAUGAGUUUGCCUCAUGGGUCGGGCGGACCAAACAGAAAGACAUUUAUGUCAUCUCCACACCCAAGCGGCCUAUUCCUCUGGAGCAUUACUUGUGGGCUGGGAAGAACAUUCACAAGAUUGUUGACUCGGACAAGAAAUUCAUUGAGAAGGGCUGGAAGGAGGCCAAUCAAGCCAUUCAGGGCAAAGACAAAAUGAAGAUUCCGGAGUCGAGCAAUGCGCCUCGUGGUGGAGGUGGCCAAAGAGGGGCACCGAGGGGAGGGAUACAGCGUGGUGGACAGCGCGGAGGCCAACGUGGCGGUGGUUCCCAACAGAGAGGCCGUGGUGGAGCGCCUCGUGCCAGUCAUAACCCCGGACACAUGGGUAGGAUUGGUCGGCAGGGCGGAUUUACCUCCGCUGCUCAAGACAAGAAUCUUUGGGUUCACCUUGUGCAGUUUCUCAAGAAGGACAAUCUGCUUCCCUCGUGCAUCUUCGUCUUCUCCAAGAAGCGAUGCGAAGAGAAUGCUGAUGCGCUCAGCAACCAAGACUUCUGCACAGCCAACGAGAAGAGCGCCAUUCACAUGACGAUCGAGAAGUCUAUCGCCAGACUCAAGCCAGAGGACCGGACCCUGCCUCAGAUUAUCAGAUUGAGGGAGCUCUUGUCCAGAGGCAUCGCGGUCCACCACGGAGGUCUGCUGCCCAUCGUCAAGGAAAUUGUCGAGAUUCUGUUCGCCCAGACUCUUGUAAAGGUGCUCUUCGCUACAGAGACAUUUGCCAUGGGUCUUAACCUGCCGACUCGAACAGUCGUUUUCUCCGGAUACCGCAAGCAUGACGGGCACUCCUUCAGAAACCUGCUCCCAGGCGAGUAUACACAGAUGGCCGGCCGAGCCGGUCGUCGUGGCCUGGAUACUGUGGGCUCGGUUAUCAUUGUGCCGCCCGGCGGAGACGAGGCUCCUCCUGUUGCCGACCUUCAAAAAAUGAUCUUGGGAGAGCCGUCGAAGCUGAGGUCUCAGUUCCGACUCACCUACAACAUGAUUCUCAACCUGCUUCGGGUGGAAGCCCUCAAGAUUGAAGAGAUGAUUAAGCGCAGCUUUUCAGAACACGCCACGCAGCAGCUGCUCCCUGAACAUGAAAAGGCAGUCAAAAUUUCGGAGGCCGAUUUAGCCAAGAUCAAACGAGACUCUUGUGGCAUAUGCGAUGUCUCCAUGGAUGAAUGCCACCAAGCGUCAGAGGACUAUAAACAACUCACAGGCGACGUCUACAAGUCUCUCAUCGGCAUUCCGAUCGGCCGCAAAAUGUUCAGCCAGGCGCGCUUGAUCGUGUACAGCAGGGACGGCAUCCGUACGCCUGGUAUUUUGCUGUCUGACGGCGCGAGCAACAAGGGUCCCCAGGGUAGUCCAACACUACAUGUCUGCGAAAUCAGGCUGAUGAGAGAGACUCGCGACUCAACGGACCUGUUGCCGUUCAUUCCGGCCUUCCGCAAGUAUCUUACGCCACUGCCGCAGGCAAAGAAGCAUAUGCGCAUCAAGACUCUGCAUGUUCCUCUGAGUGAUGUUGAAUGUCUUACAAGGUACGUUACCAAGGGUAUCGUGCCAGAGAUCUUUCAGAGCGGCGAAAAGUAUAUCAAGGCAAAGGACAGGCUCUACUCGAUCUGCCGGUCUUGGGAUGACCUCUGGGACGAAAUGGAUCUGUCCAAGAUCAAGAAUCUUCAAUUCCAGGAGAUGAUGAAGAAGCGAAAAGAGGCAGAGGUCACCGCAUCGUCUUCGCCAGCUCUCUCAUGCCCUCAGUUCUUGAAGCAUUUUGCCAUGUGCCACGACCAGUGGCUCAUCAAGGAACAUAUCUCCCAACUGCGACACUCUCUUUCGGACCAGAAUCUCCAACUCUUGCCAGACUAUGAGCAACGCAUCCAGGUGCUCAAGCAACUGCAAUUUAUUGAUGAGAGUGCAAGAAUUCAACUCAAGGGCAAGGUGGCCUGUGAGAUUCAUUCGGGCGACGAGCUCGUAUUGACGGAACUCAUCCUGGACAAUGUGCUCGCAGACUAUGAGCCGGCCGAAAUUGCGGCCCUUCUGUCGGCCUUUGUGUUUCAGGAAAAGACAGAUACUCAGCCGAACUUGACGGGCAACCUUGAGCGAGGCAAGGACACUAUUAUUGCCAUUAGCGAGAAGGUUAACGAAGUCCAGACGCUCCAUCAGGUCAUUCAGUCUGCCGACGAUUCCAACGAUUUCAUCUCCCGACCCAGAUUUGGCUUGAUGGAAGUUGUAUACGAGUGGGCAAGAGGCAUGAGCUUCAAGAACAUCACCGAUCUGACCGAUGUCCUGGAGGGCACCAUUGUGCGAACCAUAACGCGUCUUGAUGAGACGUGCCGCGAAGUGAAGAAUGCUGCCCGCAUCAUCGGAGAUCCGGAGCUAUACCAGAAGAUGCAGACGGCACAGGAGAUGAUCAAACGGGACAUCACGGCAGUUGCCAGUCUGUACAUGUAG